AAGUAUCCUAAAGAAUAAUAAUGUUGUUUCAAUCAAAAAAUUUUCGACAAAUUCUUUUCCAAUCAAUUCGUCGUUAUUAUCAACAACAAUCUCAAAAUAUUGUUGAUAAUUUUGUCGAAAAUCGAACGCCAAGUAUCAUAUGGAAUUCUGAUGUAUUACAUGGAUUGACCGGUGAGCAAAUUGAAUUUCGUCAAAUGGUUAGAAAUUUUGCCGAAAAAGAAUUACCCGAAGAAUUGGUUCAAAAGAUUGACCAUAAUGGACAUUAUGAUGAUUUUCGUAAAUUUUGGAAAAAAUUAGGAUCAAUGGGAUUAUUGGGAAUUACAGCACCGGUUGAAUAUGGUGGUUUAGGUCUGGAUUAUUUUAAUCAUGUUUUAGCAAUGGAAGAAUUAAGUAGAUGUGCUGGUGGCCUUGCACUGUCAUAUGGUGCACAUUCAAAUCUUUGUAUUAAUCAAAUAUCAUUACAUGGAAAUGAUGAACAAAAAUCAAGAUUUUUACCACGAUUAAUUGAUGGAACAUUUAUUGGUUCAUUAGCAAUGUCUGAAGUGACAAGUGGUUCAGAUGUUACAUCAAUGCGUACAACAGCUCGAAAACCGAAUAAAAAUUCUGAUUAUUAUCUAUUGAAUGGACAUAAAUUCUGGAUAACCAAUGGACCUGAAGCUGAUGUAGUAUUUGUUUAUGCAAAAACAAGUGAAAAAGGUAUUUCAGCAUUUCUGGUGGAAAAAGAUAUGGAAGGUUUCCAGAUUGGACAAAUUAUCAAUAAACUUGGUAUGAAAGGUUCACCAACAAGUGAAUUAUUGUUUGAUAAUGUAAAAAUUCCUGAAACGAAUCUUAUCGGUAAAAUUGAUAGUGGUGUUUAUAUACUAAUGUCCGGAUUGGAUAGUGAACGUUUAGUAUUAUCUGGUGGACCAUUAGGACUAAUGCAAUCUGCAUGUGAAUUAGCAUUUAAAUAUGUACAUGAACGUAAACAAUUCAAUAAACCAAUUGGUUCAUUUCAAAUUGUACAAGGUAAAAUGGCUGAUAUGUAUUCACGUUUAUCAAUGUGUCGUUCAUAUCUUUAUAAUGUAUCAAGAGCAUUGGAUCAAUAUAAACAAAAUCAAAAACAACAAAAUGCUUCUGAAGCAAAUGAUCAAAUGAAUACUAAUAAUAAACGUCGUCCUGGUCCAAGUCCAUAUACAAAAGAUUGUGCAGCCGUUAUAUUAACACUAGCUGAAACAUCCACCCAAUUGGCAUUGGAUACAAUACAAAUGUUAGGUGGUAAUGGUUAUACAAAUGAUUAUCCAGCUGGUAGAAUAUUACGUGAUUCAAAAUUAUAUGAAAUUGGUGCAGGUACAAGUGAAAUUCGUCGUUGGUUGAUUGGUAGAGAAUUGAAUAAAGAAUAUUUACAAUAAAAUAAAAAUGUUUUAUUAAA